AUGGAGCCAGAAAUAGAUUAUUACUCUUAUUAUUUAUUUUUAUCUGGAAUUUGCAGAUUUAUGUUGUUCAUCAUGAUUUUCUUUAGGAAUGAUUACUUGAUCCAUAAAAUUCAUUUUAAUGGUGAAAAAGAGGUAACAUAUAAAAAAAUCAACUAA